UCCAUUGCACGACGUCCUGACCUAAUCUAGAGAGAGAAAUUGCAAUUAUGUGAUAAUCGAGAGGGAGGGAGAGUAGAAAAACUGGUGCGGAAUAUUUUUAAUUUGGAAGCCUCGAUAUUUGAAGGACGCGUGCUAGCUUGCGAAUCAUGGACCCUUCCAAUCAUUUCGCCCUCUUCCGCGCCUCUUCAGCUCAUCCGAAUCGUAAAUCUUAGAGUAAUUGGCCAUUUUUCUCCCCCUAGAUUUUGAUUCCGUUGAUCGAUCAUUUUAUGACUUGGCAGUGAAUCUUUUGCUUUGCUUCUGCCUUCCCUGACCACGGCAAUGGAGUCUCGCGUGGGGAACAAGUUCCGGCUUGGUCGGAAGAUCGGGAGUGGAUCGUUUGGUGAGAUCUAUUUAGGUACGAACGUGCAGACGAAUGAAGAGGUCGCAAUUAAACUUGAAAAUGUUAAGACAAAACAUCCUCAAUUGCUGUACGAAUCAAAGCUGUACAGGAUCCUUCAAGGAGGAACUGGGAUUCCCAAUGUGAGAUGGUUUGGUGUUGAAGGAGACUACAAUGUGCUAGUGAUGGAUUUACUAGGACCAAGUCUUGAAGAUCUUUUCAACUUCUGCAGCAGGAAGUUGUCCUUAAAAACUGUUCUGAUGCUUGCAGAUCAGAUGAUCAACAGGGUGGAGUUUGUUCAUUCUAAAUCUUUUUUACAUCGAGACAUUAAACCUGAUAAUUUUCUUAUGGGCCUGGGCAGGAGAGCUAACCAGGUUUAUAUCAUUGAUUUUGGUCUUGCAAAAAAGUAUAGGGACACUUCAACCCACCAACAUAUUCCAUACAGAGAGAACAAGAACUUGACUGGGACAGCAAGAUAUGCAAGCAUGAAUACUCAUCUUGGCAUAGAACAAAGCAGAAGGGAUGAUUUGGAAUCCCUUGGUUAUGUUCUGAUGUACUUUCUAAGAGGAAGUCUUCCGUGGCAGGGUCUCAAAGCUGGUACGAAGAAGCAAAAGUAUGAAAAAAUUAGUGAAAGAAAAGUCUCCACGUCUAUUGAAGCUUUGUGUCGAGGAUAUCCUUCAGAGUUUGCAUCUUACUUUCAUUACUGCCGUUCACUUCGCUUUGAUGACAAACCUGAUUAUGCUUACCUCAAAAGAAUAUUUAGGGAUCUUUUCAUCCGGGAGGGUUUUCAGUUCGAUUAUGUGUUUGAUUGGACCAUUUUGAAAUAUCAGCAAUCACAAGUUAAUACUUCUCGAGCUGUCGGUCAAAUUGCUGGGCCCAGCUCUGGUUUGCCACCAGCCAUUGGAAGUACUGAUAAGCAUUCUGGUCAUGUUUUAAGUGGCGAAGAAGCUAGGACAAGUGGUUGGUCUGCUAUGGACCCAUCUAGGCGGAGGGCUCCAGGACCACUAAAUCAGGGAAGUGUUUCCAAACAGAAGAGUCCGGUGCCAAAUGACUCUACUGGGGCCAAAGAAGCUAUGUUAUCCAGUUCAAAUUUCUUGGUACGGCCAAGCAGUUCCUCAAAACACGCUGCUGUUUCUAGCAGCCGAGACAUGAUGUUGAGUAGCGAAUCAGAUCCACCCUACACCCGCACCUCUGAUGCGAGUCCUGGAACAUUUUGUGGAGUCUCUAGUACUCAGAAAAGUCCUCCCCUCGGAUCGGCAGAUCCCAAACUGUCUAAUUCUGGCAGACAUUAUUAUGAGUCCACUCUUAAAGGCAUUGAGUGUCUCAAUUUCGACAAUGAUGAGAGAAUUCACUACUAAUAAUUGUGCUCCUGCUACACUUCACACUGUAAAAAUGAUAUUUUGUGGCUAGAGUACAAGUUUAGUUUGCACUCAAGGUUGCUAUAUUAGAGCCGAGAAGAUACAACGGAAAAAGUGUGCUAGAACAUAGAUGGAUAAGCAUUUCGUCUGCCAUGGUUGUUGGCCUAAGGCAAAGCCAAUCUCAUGAUUUAUGUAAGCAAUCAACAGGGCCCCACUUUCGCUCGCUGUUCUUGCCAUCAUUUGAUUUUCUAUCUUGGUUGCUAUAUUUUUAAAGCCAAAACUGUAUGUUAACCAGCUUUUCGCGUUUAGCAGUCACCUACGUAUGGGAACUAUCUGAAUCCUCAACGUAGUAGCAGUCGGUUGUUCGGUACUGUUGCUGUGCAUAAAUAAUGAUUAAAUGUUCUGAACAGCUGAAGUUUGUUCUGUUUUUUCUCAUCUGGUGUUAAACUUUUGGAAACCAGCCCUUGUUGAUCUUUA